AUGGCGGAAUCAGCCUCUAUACGUUGUUUGGCGGCAAUUAAUGGAGGAGGAGGGAGCUCAAGAACAGUGAAGCGUCUGAUAACUUUAUCUCCUAGUGAAGGAAAAUGGAAUGGAAACUGGAACUCUCAGUACAAUGUCUCUUUACGUGAUCUUAACCUCCAAGAUCUUGUCGAAGAUGGUCCUACAAAUUCCCGUGUCUCUGUCGAUCUCUCUGUCCAAAGGCAUGCAAGCAUGGGACUCUCAGUAGAUGGAAGAAUCAUGACAACUUUUGCAAGAAAAUGCAGCAUUUGCUCCUCCUCUUAUCCUCGACUGAUUGAUACAAAUUUCACGGUUUGGAUUUUGCCAUCAAGUCGGGAAAACCGAGCUUCGCAACUGCCAGAAAUUGGCGGUGAUGAUCCUUCGGUAAUAUAUGUGAAACCUGGAUAUGAAGCUAAUCUUGAUUCCCUUGUACAAGACACUAUCCGGCUCACAACAUAUGCAAAAGAUAUAUGCUCGGAUUCUUGCGAAAAAUCGGAACCAACCUUACACUAUGUUGGUGAGACAAAUACAGCUUCUGUUCAUAAGAGAUGGUCAAGGCUACUUGAGCUUAAGAAGAAAUAG